AUGAUGCUAUGGCAGGAGUACAAGCGUGCCGACGAGGGGUCGGGCAACGGCUCCGUGGAGAAACCACCUUGGUUUCCGUACCUGGAGCUGCACAACCAGGACACCGCCGCAGCCGCACCGCAUGCCGUGGACGGAGGUGGCGCGAAUAACGUCAACGUCCCGGCGGGCAUGGAGGUUCCGCAAUCGUCCCAGCCAGGCACGUCAACUCCUUGCUUCACAGCUCCUCCGCCAACGACUCCUGCCACACCCAGGCGUGCCCGGGUGCAUGAGACGGCCACCAUGCAAGCGGCGAUGCUCGUCUCCGCCACCAUCAAGGACUGCCAUGGCGACGCGAUGACUCGCAUCGAAGGCCUCGUCCGUGAAUGGAUGGCGCAAGAUCUCCGACUUGCCCGUGAGCGUAUGACAGAGUCGGCACCCCCGGAUGUGCACCGCGCGCCCCAGGAUUUCUCUCCACCGCCGCCACGCGGGGAGUCCGCGCCUGCUCCCGAAACCGCACGGACGCGUGAGGACGUGGGCGACGGCAACACCGUCACUCCGGCGGCUGAGGAUGUGGAAAUAUGGGCCGCGUCACCAACGAUCUGGUAUGGGGCUAUGUCCCCGUUGUAUAACCUCUCAAGUAGUGCAGACUCUUUGAAAACCCGCAUGUCGUGCGCGCUACUGGGAUACCCGAUAAGUUCUAUGCCCCUCCAUCCCCUUCAUGUGUAUAUGAGUGCCGUCCACAGCACCCACCACAGCAGGUAUACCCUUGACGGCCGCAAACUCCCGCGCCAUCUCUGGAAGCUCUUCACGGGUGGGGAAUCGCACCCAGGCGGCCUUGAAGACGGAGGGGAACUGCGUGAGAAAUACGUCGACCAGCUCGUGGCAGAGAGUUUUGGAGAUGCCGAACAGGUCUUCAACCCACAGAGCGUGUCUCCGCUUUCGUAUCCUCGCUCUGUGACGGCGGUUCUCGCCGUAAUCGUCCCCGCAGGAUGA